UCUGGACAGUAAAGGACGUUUACUCCACACACUGACAACAUGCUGGUGACCCUCUGCACUCUCAUCACUGCUCUAACAUGUAAGAUAUUCUCCUGCUUCUGUUAUACACACAUAUGAUCAAAUAUGAACCCUUCAUUCAUGGAUUUUUCUGUUUGUUGACAGAUGUUGAUGCAGUGAUAGUGCUGACUCAGACGCCUGCUGUCCUCACAGUUUCUGCAGGAAAAGAGGUUGUUCUCGAAUGUAACAUUCAGAGAGAUGAUAGCCAAUAUGUCAGAUGGUAUAAACAGGUUCCUGGUGGAGCUCCUCAGUUUGUUAUGGACUUUUAUCAUACUGACAGUAACACCGACUAUGGAACAGGAUUCUCCUCUGAUCGAUUUAACACUAAAUCUACAUCAGAUAUUGAUUACCAGUUAAUCAUUAGUCGUGCAGAGGUAGGAGACUCUGCUCAGUAUUUCUGUCAGACAUGGGAUGAUUCUGCUGAUGAAGACGUAUUCGGACCAGGCACCAAGCUGACUGUGACAAGCUCCAGCGUCCCUCCUCCUGUCCUGACAGUCUUCCCUCCGUCCACUGCUGAGCUCCAGUCCAACAAAGCCACUCUGGUCUGUCUGUCCAGUCAGUCUGUGGCUUUUGCACAUGUGACCUGGUUGGCUGCUGGGAGUCCGCUGAGCACUGGGAUCUCUACCAGCACCGCUGUUCAGCAACCAGACCAGACUUUCCAAAUCAGCAGCUAUCUGUCCAUCCAGACGUCAGACUGGAACACGGAUCAGGUUUACACAUGUCAAGUGUCUGUGGGCUCCCAGACUUCCGAGAAAAACAUCAACAAGUCAGCGUGUCCCACUGAGCAACAGUAGAGGAGCACAAUGACCAUCUGAAACCUGCUUCUGCACCGUCUGUGCUCUGUGCUCUGUACAAGGUUUACAUGAUACACAACAUGUGUCUGCAUGUUUGGAACAAAUGUUGGAACAGUUUCAUUUAGAUGUUGCAUCAGCUUUGCAAUCGCUACAUUUUCAAUCCAAUAAAAUCUCUGUGAUCAAAAAUGUUUGAGUUUCGU